CCCGCAAUUACUUUUUUCGAAUCAAUACUUCAGAGCAUCGAUUACAGCAAUCUAAUACUAAUCUUCCCAUCCAACACCAGAACCAGAAACCCAUAUUGAGAGUGACGCAGUCAUGGCCAGCCCAGCAGUCUUGACUCCGGUCAAGAGCCGCUCCUCGCUCUUCUCUACCCGCACCGCUGGCGGUCGGAUCCCAUUGACGCCCUCUCCCCGCACCCCCCGCACCCAGACGUCCGAUGUGCAGGCACACGAGUCGAUCCAUGGCGGCAACCUCAUGCCCCGCUUCCAGCGCUCCAUCUCAAAGGCUACCCGCGAUUCGCCCAAGUCAAACAUUGCCCGUCAGAGCCAAAACUCACCACGCCGCCUCGAGCUUGGUGUAACAGAAUGGUCGCUUACGGGAACGGGUACGACAACGACAACCAAGACACCCAAGGCAAAGAAGGAUGGCACCCUUCGCUCACGGCCCACCAAGACCCGCAUCGCCUACAACGCCGCCGACCGCUUUAUCCCCAACCGGACCGCGAGCGAGGCCAUCGUCAACGUCGGCACAGGCAAGCUCGACCUUGACCAACGACCAAAGUCUAGCUCCAAGACCGAGGGCUCAGCCGUGCUUGCUACUGCCGCGAGUGCUUUCGACCUAGGCGGCCGUGGAUCAGAGGAGGAUAUCACACUUUCGCUGGAGGGCUUGAAUCUGGACGACGAUGAGCACGACGCUCCGUCUCGCUCGAAACCCGCUCCCGGUACAGCGGCAUACCAAUCAACACUUGCUUCAGCAUGCGGUAUCAGCACCAACACCCGCAUUCUCGCAUUCAAGCCUGCCCCACCAGAGUCGUCCAAGCCCAUCGACCUCCGCACCCAGUAUAACCGUCCCCUCAAGCCGGCCUCGGGCGUCAAUGCACAGAGCCGCCGUCGCAUCCCCUCGGCACCUGAUCGUGUUCUUGAUGCUCCUGGCCUUGUGGACGACUACUACCUCAACCUCCUGGACUGGUCUUCUGGCAACCAGGUCGCCAUUGGCCUUGAGCGCUCCGUCUAUGUCUGGUCUGCUGAUACAGGCUCAGUCGCCUCGCUCCUCGAGUGCCCCGCUGAUACCUAUAUUUCUUCCGUCAAGUGGUCCGGCGAUGGUGCCUACGUUGGUGUCGGCCUGGGCUCGGGCGAAGUUCAGAUCUGGGACGUUGAGGAGCAGACCAAGCUCCGCAGCAUGUUCGGACACGAGACUCGCGUUGGUGUCAUGGGCUGGAACAAGCACCUCCUCUCCACUGGAGCUCGAUCCGGCCUCGUCUACAACCACGACGUUCGCGUCGCUCAACACAAGGUCGCUGAGCUCGUCUCUCACACGGGCGAGGUCUGCGGUCUCGAAUGGCGCGCCGACGGCGCUCAGCUCGCAACUGGCGCCAAUGACAACAUGGUCAACAUCUGGGAUGCGCGUGCGCUCGCCGCUCCCAAGUUCACAAAGACCAACCACCGUGCUGCCGUCAAGGCUGUCUCAUGGUGCCCCUGGCAAUCCAACCUCCUUGCUACUGGCGGCGGUUCCAACGAUCGCCAAAUCUACUUCUGGAACACCACGACUGGCGCUCGCAUCAACCACAUUGCCACCGACUCUCAAGUCACUAGCCUGCGAUGGAGCACCCACUACAAGGAGAUUGUCAGCACCGGUGGCUUUCCCGACAACAGCUUGAGCAUCUGGAGCUACCCGACAGGUGUCAAGAACAUGGAGGUCCCCGCCCACGAGUCUCGCGUCCUCCACAGCUGCCUCAGCCCCGAUGGCCAGAUGCUCGCCACCGCUGCCGCCGACGAGUCUCUCAAAUUUUGGAAGAUCUUCGAGAAGAAGCCCGGCCAGCCUUCUGUGGCUGCUGCUGGCUCUGCUUCUAUGAAGCCUAGCGUUGUCAAGCAGAUGACGAUCCGUUAAAUCCGGUCCAUCACUGCAGGGGGAACGUUUGGGGUUGCAAGGGGUUGGAACACAGGCACUCCGAGAGGGAGUGGAGCAGGUGGCUCACAAUUACAAGACCGGCUUGCGCAACGGAGCCGUCUUCAUUGAUCCGACUCUACGCGCAACGGUAAGUUGGUAAGUAUCACAAUCAUCUCGUUUGGGUAUGUGACGCGAUCCUUUCUCUCGAGAAGGACCUCCACAUCGACCCUCGGAAAUGUGUCAAUUCGGCUGGGUUCUAUGAACUCUUGAUUCAGCGAGGCGUCUCGGAAGCAUUGCAUGGCGUUGGGAAAUUAUAGCUUUCGAGCGUCCUAUGGACACGAGUUCAUGAGUUACGAUUUUGGAAAUUAAUCCAGUCGUUGUUAUUUCGAGGUGUUCUUGGUCAAGUUACCUGUCUACAAGGGGUUAUUCUUUGGCUUAGGAUAUACGUCAUAAAAAGUGAAUGAAACAUUCAAACGAUCAUCAUGCCAA